UCCCGAAUCCAGACUCUCUCUAUUUCCAUCCCUCUCUAUCUGUCAAUCAGCGCCGCCUUUGAACUGAAAACCACUCCGACCAACUUCAACUCCCUCAAUCCGAGCGCCUCAGCUCCGUCUCCGGCUUCUGUUUCUGCCAAGAUUGCCCUCUUCUUCUUUUUGAGUUUAGAGCACUUACCCAGCCAAACGCCAGUGCGAGUCCCUAAACUUAAACUCCGGAUUCGGGGAUCACACCAAGAUCAAGGGUUUAAAAAACUUUUGGUGUUUUUGGCCCCCCGCAAAAUUAGCGCUCCACUGGAAACAUGCCGCAGCUCAACGGCGGUGGAGGGGACGAUCUGGGCGCGAACGAUGAAAUGAUUUCCUUCAAAGACGAAGGCGAGCAGGAAGAAAAAAUUUCGGAGAACUCCUCAGCAGAAAGGGAUUUAGCAGAUGUCAAGUCUUCUCUCGUGAACGAGUCGGAAACGAAUCAAAACAGCUCUUCGGAUUCCGAGGCGGAAAGACGGCCUCCGCCUAGAUCUGAAAGUUUCAGAGACAAAACAAGAGAAAGUUUAGAGGAGGCUGCGAAAAGGCAAGAUGGAGGGCUGUUCAAGAGCCCACCGUACCCGGGCUAUCCAUUUAUAAUGAUUCCCGACCUCACGAGCCCGUACCUUCCGAACGGAUCACUUUCUCCGACCGCACGCACAUAUCUACAGAUGAAAUGGCCACUGCUAGAUGUUCAAGCAGGAAGUCUUCAGAGUAGACAAGCACUUAAAGAUGCCAGGUCACCCUCUCCAGCACACAUCGUUGGGCCCUUCUGCUUGGAUUUUCCUGGACAGACAGAUCUGAGUCUUCACCAAUUUCAGUUGUCUAAUAAGGUCCCCGUGGUACAGCACCCUCACCAUGUGCACCCGCUCACACCUCUGAUCACCUACAGCAAUGAGCACUUCACGCCUGGGAACCCCCCUCCACAUCUACAGGCAGAUGUGGACCCCAAAACAGGAAUCCCAAGGCCUCCACAUCCUUCAGAUAUAUCCCCCUACUACCCCCUGUCACCUGGCACAGUAGGCCAGAUCCCCCAUCCGCUAGGAUGGUUAGUACCACAGCAAGGUCAACCAGUUUACCCAAUCACAACGGGAGGUUUCAGACACCCCUACCCGACUGCCCUCACUGUCAAUGCGUCCAUGUCAAGUCUUUUCUCCUCCAGGUUCCCUCCUCACAUGGUGCCCCCCCAUCACAGUUUGCACACCACAGGAAUCCCACACCCAGCCAUCGUCACACCAAACGUCAAGCAAGAGUCCUCUCAUAGUGACAUUGGAUCCCUUAACAGCUCAAAACAUCAGGAUGCAAAAAAGGAGGAAGAGAAAAAGAAGCAGCCACACAUAAAGAAACCCCUGAAUGCGUUCAUGCUUUACAUGAAGGAAAUGAGAGCCAAAGUGGUGGCAGAGUGCACACUGAAAGAAAGCGCAGCUAUCAACCAGAUCUUAGGCCGAAGGUGGCAUGCUCUGUCUCGAGAGGAACAGGCCAAAUACUAUGAGCUAGCCAGGAAAGAACGACAGCUUCACAUGCAGCUCUACCCCGGAUGGUCGGCACGAGACAACUAUGCGGGUAACUAUCAGGGGAAAAAGAAGAAGAGAAAAAGGGAAAAGCAGGCAGGAGAGGGCAAUGAGCACAGAGAAUAUUUUCCAAACCCUUGCCUUUCACUCCCUCCGAUUACAGAUGCAAAUACCCCUAAGAAGUGUCGUGCCUUGUUCGGGCUUGACCAGCUGGGUUUAUGGUGCAAACCCUGCAGGAGAAAAAAGAAGUGCAUUCGCUACAUUCAAGGUGAAGGCAGCUGUGCCAGUCCUCCCUCUUCGGAUGGAAGCUUUCUAGAGUCCCCCCCAUCCUCCCCAUCCAUGGUAUCUCCCUCCCCGUCCUCGAAAGAGUCCAAACCACAGACUGAACAAAUGCAACCUCUCUCACUGACAAUGAAACCGCCCCCCCUGCUCUUGUCCUCCCAACACCAACACCUUUCCAUGGCCCCGCCUCCACCCUUAGUUCUGUUGGACAACUCCGGGACAGGUAAAACAUCCGGCCCGGCGCACAACGGCUCGUUGGAUCCCUCAGAUGCGUCAUCAUCCCGACCCACAGGCUCCGCCUCCUCCAGGCCCACAUUGUUGUGUCAUUCCCACUCUCUGCUGUCUAGCUCCGGCCCGACACAACCCCUUUCGCUCGUAACGAAGUCAAUAGACUAGCUUCUUUUUUUUAAACCAGCUAUUUCUGUCUGUCGUGCGUCUUCAGUCUCUUUUUUUUCCCGUUCUGUGUUUCGAUUUAAUUGUUUUUCUGUGCGAUAUGGCUUUGAAAAUUAGUUAAUUUUUUAUCAAAGUUCAUUGGUCAAUAUUUGACCUGUCAUAAUCUAAAAAAAAUGAAAUUGUUAUGAUGAAAUAUUGAUAAUAAAAUAUACUAAGUUGUAGAGUAUAGCUUUGUGAAUCUGCCAAAUUUUUUUAUGAAUUUUGAUUAUUUUGUUUUUAGCUUUCUUUUCAGCUGUAUAACAGAAAAAUACAUAAUUGUUAUGUAGUUUUGCAUAGACAUGUUUAAAGACAGAUAUACAAAGUAGGUGAGGAUUCAGAAAGCCCUUUUGUCAUAGAGUUGGUUCUCCUUUAUUAUUUGUAUUAAAUACGAGCUUGUGAACCAAUCAUUUUACAACUGUCCAAAACUCAGAGGGCAUGAGGACCGUGGAGACACCUCUCCAAGUGAGGAACAACUUUUAAUUGUGAUGUUACUUGUUCUUGUUUAAAUGUACAGAAAUAUGGGGGGGAUUACUGUGUUAAUAUGCAUUGUUCCAUUGUGUUGUCUGUUUUAUUUUUUUUUUUUUUCGUUUACCAGGGCAGGGAGUACUCAAUUGGGGGGAUGUUUUGGGAUAGGGUUGGGUGGGUUUGGGAUAUUCAGUACAAACUGUCACAAUGCUAGGACCAGUAGUAUUUAUUGCUUUAGAGAUUGCUUGUUGUAUCUUGUAUGUUGUCCCUUUUUGAAAUCUUUUCUUUUUCUUAAUACAUUGUAUAAAUAUUCUUUUUCUUAACGUAAGCAACUUGCUUGCAAAAUGCUUUGUUUUAACUUUAUGUUUGUUUUUUAAAUUUUUUUUUUAAACCAGGAUUCCACCUAAACUACAGAGUAGAUUCUCAACAAAAGAAACUUUUAGAUUAACAGACUUAUGCACACGUUCAUUUCUAGAAACAUAUCUAUAAGCCAUUUUACAAUUGGUGAAAAGGAAACUUGAAACGGGACAGUGGGUUACAUGUUUUCAGUAGCUGAAUUUCGUCUGCAGCCCUUUUUUUUCUAUUGCACAGUCUCAUCUCUGUUGGACUGUAGAUUUGUGUACAGAUUUCCCGUGCCAAAAUUUGUGAUAAUUUCCUUACCACCUUUUUAUUAUGCUGUAGGUACUUUCAUUGUCAAAUGUUUGUUUUUCUUUUUGUUUUCAACCAUAAUUUGCUGUGACGUUACAUAGAUUGCUAUGUAUGUAGUAUAAAUGUUGCUAUAACAAAAGUGUUUUGUAGCAGAUUGUCAAAUAAUAAAAUGUAAACUUAAUAAAAGACGGAUAUCAUACUGUAUAAACCCUCAAGGGCCAAAUUAUGUAUAUUAGGAGGUUCGUAAAAAACUAUGAAAUGCUACAAAAAAAACACAAACUGCCACUUUUAAGUACACUACUACAUAUAGGUAGAUAGGAAAAAAUAGGCAUGUUGAUGUUGCAAGAAGCUGUUAAAAAAAAAAAAAAAAAAAAGCUACAACAGAAUCAUCCACUCGGUGCCAUUGUAGUUGACAUGACGCAACUGUAACCCGUCUAUUUCUUCUCUGGUUUAUUAAGAUGCUAAUGAUGAAUAGUUUGAAUGUUUCCUUAACGGCUGUGAUGUUCCUGUUCCUAUUUUAUGCUCUCUUUUUUUCUCUUUUGUUUUCCAUUAUUUGAAAUGGUUCCCAAAAACCAUGUUUUUGUAAUGAAUAAAUGUUAAUGCUGUACAGUCUCUGUAGCAUGCAGUUCUGUAUUAAUAAAAGCGAGUUAGU